AUGGCGGACCUCCAAAAAUUCAUAUCGGACAAGCUUCAAGAGACAAUACACAACGCGGACGUCAUGGGGAUGCUUCAAAAGCUGCUAGAAUCGUUCCAAGGCGAAGAGUCUGAGGGUCUCAAGGCGCAAUUGAAGGAGAUUAUGGAACAAUACGAAGAAAUGGCUGAUUCGGAGAAGGAAAUGUUUUUGACAUAUAUCAAAGAGCUUUUGGCGCGAAAGUUGGCUAAGCAUUUCCAGAAUAAUCCACCGGAUCUGUCAAAGGUUGAGGAUGUUUUGGCGGGAGCCGUGCGUGAUCAGAUGAUAUAUGUCGCUGUUGUGGUGUUAAUUGUCAUCGGAGUUGUUGGUAUGUCAAUUGUAUACAUACGCGGUUUGAUAGGUGAACGUUACGUUACAUAUUUCAAUUAA